CAGUGGUCGUUAUGAUAUCAAGAUAUUUCAGUCAUUCUUCCAGCUUCAUGGCAAAACUUUUGAUUAUAAGAUUCCAAUGUCAACAGUGCUGCGGCUGUUUAUUCUGCCUCAUAAGGACAGCAGGCAGAUGUUCUUUGUUGUGAGUUUGGAUCCUCCUAUCAAACAGGGUCAAACACGGUACCAUUAUUUGGUGUUCCUCUUUGGACAAGAGGAAGAUAUCACCAUUGAAUUGCCUUUGACAGAUGAAGAACUGCAAGAGAAAUAUGAAGGAAAGUUGUCUAAGGAAAUAACAGGUCCUACAUAUGAAGUAAUGGGGAAAGUUAUGAAAGCAAUUGUAAACAGGAAGAUUACAGUUCCAGGUGGUUUUGUUGG